AUGUCGUUUGUUAGGUUUAGUCUCAUACCUAGUCUUGCAAUACACCUUUCUUGCAUGCUACAGCACAACAAUAUCUGCCUCUUCGGCGGUUGGGACGAAAAGACAUGCCGACGUCUUUCUGACGUGAUUUGCGUCUCGCUGUCGGCACCUCUUAAGUGGCGCUCCUGGAGGCUGAGCCAACUACCGGACGGAAUGGCCAUCUCCCUUGCAUCGGCCAUCGCAUUGGAGGACGGUCGUGUCUUCCUAGUUGGUGGAUCUCGUCAAGGCGGAGCCGUUCUGUCGAGCACAUUCAUUCUGGACUCUGAAACUGCUCGAUGGACAGUUGGACCGAGUCUUCAGACAAGCAGGUCUGACUUUGGCCUGUGCAAGGUGGGCCAACGCAUCUUCGCCAUUGGGGGAUACGGACGUGAGUGUGUAAUGGCUGUUUGUCCAGCAUCGAAACAUCUUUUGACUCAUCUCUCUCACUGCCAACUCUAUUUGCUCCCCUUCUUCAAUCAGCCUCCUUCCUGGACACAUGUGAAGUUCUAG